AUGGUCAUCGCCGAUUCCGAUUACGAAGGUCUCGCUAUCGAAUCCCUUGGUUCUCUCUUCAAGGUCACCCAAGUCUUUCUCUGGGACUAUGGUCUUAAGGUUUCUUCCUCUGAUGAAAUAUUGAAAUUGGCUGAAACUGGUGAAAAUCACGGUUCUGAGCCCGUUCCUGGCAAGUUCUUUUCCCCUUUGUUUGAACCGUGUGAAGAAUCUUGUGACCUUAUACCCGAGGAUUUGGAGCUUAACAAACAGCUGAAUGAACUGGGGCUUCCUCUUUCCUUCCAGACGAACAAGGAGAAAAAUGGACCAGUAAAAGGCAAAAAGAGGGGUAAACGUUGGAAGCAUCCUGAUACUUGUCACAACCUUGCAGAUGAAACUCUAUAUGAAGUGAGUGGAGAGGAGAUUGUGUCUCCUGCAAAUUUUCAUGAUAAAACUAGUAGUUCUUUAUCUUUUAUAUCAAUGCUGGGCCAAAGUGAAUCUUCUUACUGUGAUGGUGGUAUGACCCAGUGUGCCUCUGGUGAAGUAGAUAAUUCAGCCUGCUCUACUGGGUUUGCUAGUGGUGUUUCCAGGGAGACAAAUAAUGAUAAUAUAGAUCAGGUAGCAGCUAAUGAUGCCCAGGAUGGUAUCUUUUUAAUCAGUAAUGAUUGUGUUGAUAUGAAAACUGCACCUUUUUCAGAUUCUGCAGUCUCUGCCGGAAGCCAUUCGACAGGUGCUGAGUUCAAUUAUUAUGGGGCAGAAUAUGAUGAAUGCUUGAUUGACAGUGAAUGUUUAAAAGUUUUACCAACUGGUGGAAAAAAUACAGAUUGUGAGACUAUUUACAAUGAUGAUGAUGGCACUUGUCCUCCACAUGGUAUUGAAUCAGAGUUGCUUCCUGUGAGCUCAGAAGGGAUUGAAUGUGAAAGAUAUGAUGUUUCAAAUAGUUAUGCCCAACUUGGUGAUUGGAUGGCCUUCUGGGAUACUUAUUAUAAGAGAACGUACUUCUACAAUUUUAGAACACACACUUCUACAUGGGACACACCCUCAGGGAUGGAACAUCUGGCAAUUGGUGCGUGUACUGAAUCAGACAAUGGUGAAACUCUAAAGUCAUCAGAGGGGUGUGGAAGACAAAAGUUCACUAAACCACCUGCGGAAACCUCAAUUGAAGAGAACAUGAAAGGAAAACAACAUGAAGAGUAUUUGGCUGAGAUUGGAGAUGCUAUUGGCAAUUUGGUCUCUGAUAUCACUAUAAAUAGUGAAGACCAAUCUCUUGAUCAUUCAGACGAGUGUCUUGAGAGAAGUAGUUGCAGUGGUGGAAUGCCGUGCUGCUCAGUAUCAAAUAUGCCGGAUCAUAUUACUUGUUCUAAUGAAAGAUGCAUUCAAUUAGCACCAGAGAUUAAUCAUUCACCCUUGGAAAACAUGGUAAUUGACAUGUCUGGAUUGGAAUCUAAAUCUGACAUUUUCACAUUAAAACAUGGGAAGAAAGUAAAGAGAAGACAAAGGCAAAAGAAAUUAUGUAAUGAAGAUGAAGAUCUGCACUGUAAAGAAAUGCCUGAAGCAUAUUCUGCUACAAUUGCCAAAUAUUGGUGUCAGAGGUAUGCUCUGUUCUCUAGAUUUGAUGAUGGUGUAAAGAUGGACGAGGAAGGAUGGUUUUCUGUCACUCCAGAGGCUAUUGCUCAGCAUCAAGCAAUACGUUGUGCUAGUGGCAUGAUAAUUGACUGUUUCACUGGUGUUGGUGGGAAUUCUAUCCAAUUUGCACGACAGUGCGGGCAUGUAAUUGGAAUUGAUAUUGAUCCAGUGAAGAUUGACUAUGCUAGGCACAAUGCUGCUAUAUAUGGGGUGGUUGAUAAAAUUGACUUUAUAGUUGCUGAUUUCUUCCUCUUGGCACCAAAGUUAAAGGCUGAUACCGUUUUCUUAUCUCCACCAUGGGGGGGACCUGAUUAUGUCAAGGCUACCACUUAUGACAUGAAGACAAUGCUUAGACCACAUGAUGGGCAUACACUGUUUAGUGCUGCAAAGGAGAUUGCUUCCAGAAUUGUUAUGUUCCUUCCAAGAAAUAUCAAUUUCAACCAAUUGGCAGAAUUAUCUCUGUCGUCCUGUCCACCAUGGUCACUAGAGGUGGAGAAAGUUUAUUUAAAUAAUAAAUUGAAGGCGAUCACAGCUUAUUUCAGUGAUACAAAAGUUGGAGGGGUGCUAGGUUAA